ACGAGAUUCAAAACUUGAAUCUCAUGAUAGAUAUCACAAUUGUGUCACAACAAUAACAGUAAUUUUUUCAAUGUUAAAAUGUCUUAAAUCCGUGAAAUGUCACCUUUCAACAGAUCAGACGAUCUUUUAUCGAGUUUUCAAUCUUUUUCUUUUAGCUCUAAGGUGAAGGCUAAUAGUUUUGAACCUGGAACUUCAUUGAAUACAGCAGUUGAGUUAACUGUUUAUUCAGAUUAGAUAUGAAACACGUGAGUUAAUAUCUUUAAAAACUAUUCCAUGAUGCUUGGGGAGAUCCUGGGUUAUUGGAAGAUCUUUAUGAUGAAACAAUUGUCAGCUGCAAUCAAAGCCUAACCAACCUUGAUAAGGACCGGGAAAAUGAAUAGAAAGAUUAACUCGGAUGAUUUUCGAUCUUUUGUUGAUCUAAUUUAGUUGAUUAUCUUUUAAAGAGUUGCCAAAAUGGAUAAUGAUCAAUUCUUCAUCAUUGUUAUCGAUAUUAAUCAGCUUUUCAUCAUAUUAUGUAUCAAAACUCAAGUACUUGGGAUCAGUAAAACAAUGAGAUCUAAGAUGGGAAUUAACCUAGAACCUAACCAGAAAACACAAGUGAAUCGGCUUCAAUUCAUGCCAUUUUAGUUGCUGGUACUUCUGGAUGGACCAAUUAUCGACAUCAAGCCAAUAUUGCCCAUGGUUAUCAAGUUUUAGUCAACCAUGGAGUUAACCGGGAAAACAUUAUCGUAAUGAUGGUCAACGAUGUUGUUAAUCAUGAAAAGAAUCCAUUUAAAGGCAAAUUAUUCAAUUCACCGGAUGGUCCCGAUGUUUACUCGGAUCUUCAAAUUGACUAUUCUGGUGCACAAGUAUCAGCCACUAAUUUCUUAAAGAUUUUGAGAGGCAACUCAACCAAUUCAACUCACAAAGUGUUAAACUCGAGUCCAAAUGAUUCAGUAUUAAUUUACAUUUCUUCGUAUGGAGCAAGUGGUUUAAUCGGAUUUCCAAGUGAUGUAUUAACCUCUGCCUCGUUAAAUCAAGCUUUGACUGGUUUGAACAAUGACUCGAAAUAUGGACAAAUGAUGAUUAUACUUGAUACAGACCAUUCAGCCUCCAUGUUUGACUCUGUCCUACCAGACAAUGUUAAUAUUUUCAGCGUUACAUCGACUUCAACUGACCAGCAAAACUACGCUUGUUUUUGUAAUAAACCAGAGUUUCCAUACACUUGCCUUGGUACUUCAUAUUCAGUUGCCUGGUUAGCUAAUACUGGAUCCAAGGAAAGCCUUAUGGACGAAACAUUGGAUCAACAAUUCGACUCCAUUAUUCAAGCACUUGAUGAGGCAUUACCUCAAACCCCAAUAAACCCAAACAAGUUUGGCUCAAAAAUAUUUGAUGAUUUGCGUGCUGGACAAUUUAUGGGUCUCGAAAAGAGUGUGAAAACAGAAAAUCCUACUGUAAUUGAAGACCAAUUGGCCAAUUUUGCUGUACCAUUCGAAAUGGCAGGACUUGAAUCGUUGGACACACAUAAUGAUGAACCUUUCAAUGAACUAAAAAACGCCCGAAACUCCAUUGACAGAGCCUUCUAUCGAUUGACCAGUGACAUGUGUGCUGUCGGUUAUUGCAGUGAUCCACAAUCCAUAAUCCAAAACAACCAAGCAGUGAAGAUAACUGAUCAUCAAUUGUACAGUCAGAUGGUGACAAAAUUUCAUUCUGAUUGCUUGAAUUUAGGUGAAAAUCCAUAUUUGCUGUCUAAAAUGUAUAUAUUUGCCAAUAUCCUCAGUGAAUCCCAAGCCCAAAUAGCUGACAAUUUCAGCAAAUUUUCCUCUUCUCUCUACCAAGCCUGCCGUCGACGCAUUAUUGGUCAUGGAUAUCAUCAUGUCGUGUAAAUAAGCCGUUUCAUUAGUAAAAAUUUAUCCUCUUUAAUAGAUUUAUAAAAUGUGUAAAAAUAUCAAUUGUUACAACAAAUUGGAUGGUUUGUUUUUAUAAUUUUGUAAUAAAUUAUGUAAAGAUUUUAAACACAAAAAA